ACUCUAAUUCACAACUAAAUCAGCUGGUAUCAAAAGUAAAUACAAUGAUGGCUUUCAUUCCAACUAAUCAGAAAUUAUUUCCUUCUCUGUUACUCAUCAUCACAACUUCCUUUCUCUUGUUAGCACCAAUACCAGUGAACUCAGACAAAAUAGUUUCCUUCGACUUCCCAAAGUUCACAGGUAAUGAGUCAGCUCUAACCCUUCAAGGGGAUGCCUUUAUUGCUUAUGAUCAGGUAUACCUUACAGGAUAUGCUCACCCUAAGAGAGCUGUAGGUCGUCUCUUGUAUUCAACACCUGUUCCCCUUUGGGACAAAACAACAGGAAAUGUUGCUAGUUUUGUCACUUCCUUCGCUUUUUUACUUAACUUCCAAAAGACUAUUGUGCCAGCUGAUGGACUUAUCUUCUUUAUUGCACCACCAAAUAGUGUAAUUCCUAACAACGCAGCGGGUGGAAAUCUUGGAGUAGUUGAUCCUAAUACUGCUUUCAAUCGAUUUGUUGGUGUAGAAUUUGACAAUUAUGUCAAUGAAUGGGAUCCUGAUUAUGCUCAUAUUGGAAUUGAUGUCAACUCUUUGAUUUCAUCCAAGACUGUGGUUUGGAAGCCACUGCACGGUUACUAUGUCAAAGUAAGCAUCGCUUAUGACUCUUCCUCUAAGAUUUUGAGUGUUGUCCUCACCGACCAAAGUGGUCAAUUAGCUACUGUUGCUCAAGUCGUUGAUUUGAAAGCUGUGCUCCCAGAAACAGUUACAAUUGGUAUAUCUGCUUCCACAUCGGAAUUGUGCCGUCAAAUACAAAACAUAUACGCAUGGUCUUUCACUUCAACUUUGAAGACAACUAUAAGCAGCAUCACCUCAAACAACACCAACAAUCUUGCAAGCUAUGCAUGAUUUGCUUUGGGUAUUCUGUAAGCACGCAUGGAGUUUGGUUUGAUGUAUUUUCUAAUUGAUGUUGCUUGUGUCGAUCGUAUGUGUGUUUGAAUUUUUCUUUUUCCUAAAUAAAGACCAUGCUUGUACCCAUGUUUAAGUUAAUGUUUUUUUCCUAAA